GCUUCGUUGAAUCCUGAGGCUGCCAACUUUCCUAUUCAUCUGGGCGGUGCAGGGCGCAAAGCGUCGUCGCCAUGUCAGAGAAGAAGCAGCCGGUAGACUUGGGUCUCCUGGAGGAGGACGACGCGUUCGAGGAGUUUCCUGCCGAAGAUUGGACUGGCUUAGAUGAAGAUGAAGACGCACAUGUCUGGGAGGAUAAUUGGGAUGAUGACAAUGUAGAGGAUGACUUCUCCAAUCAGUUACGAGCUGAACUAGAGAAACAUGGUUAUAAGAUGGAAACUUCAUAGCAUCCUGAAGAAGUAUUGAAGUAACCUGUACUUGAACUUUUUACUAAAUUCUAGAUCAGAAAACCCAGGAUGGAACACUUA